AUGUGGCAGGUGGUGACUCACCACUCACUAAAUGGGCCCCUCAAAUCAGUCACCAUAAUUGGCAACAAAGGGGCAACAUCGGCGUGGGUGGCUAAGGACGUCGAGAGCUCUCACGACUCCGCUCUGACCGGCCGGUUAAGGCAAGCUUCAGGUAGGGGUCCUGUCCCUCAUCGGUUUCCACUCCGACCUUGGCGAAGGAAGAUCGGAGGCGAGGAACAGGGGCCUCCCCUGGGAGCACUCAGGUCUGUGGGGUCGCUACUCCCCAACAGCUCGCCACAAGCUGCCCUGCGGGGACUGAUUGCACUGGGAAGUUUACUGGUUAGGUAUUCCAGAUGGAAUAAUCAGUUUGAUGACGACGGGUCACAAGUAAAACUUAAAGAUCAAUGGGGAAUCGCUCACAUAAAACAUCUUUGUAUUGAUAAUAUGGCAGUGCUUGUUAAGCCUGACUUAUUUCUUGGUUACGAAGAGGCGAUCAUCCGCAAAAAAGAUGUUUUCAAUUUAUAUAGAUUAACUUCAUUUAUAGUUACAUUCAGUCCAGAGGCUCUAACGUACAUUGAUAUCCAAAACUUUAUAGAGGCUGGUUUACGCAUUAUAAGGUUUAGAAUGAACCUCGUGAAACGGGAGGAGAAUUUAAAAGUUCUGGCGAUGUUGGAUGACGCUAUAAAAGGCUGGUGUGAGAAAUUGGAGAUCAGCAGUUGGCCUAUAGCCGUAUCAAUAGAUAUACCUAAUGCAGUAAUACGAACAGGAUUACUUGACGAAAGUAUACAGGAAGAGUCAGUUUCUCUUAAACACCUUGAUAUAAUAGAAUUGACAUCAGACAGUAAAUACUGGAACAAGUGCAACUCUAAUCGUAUUUUCAUGGACGAUCAUUACACUUUUCCCAACAUAAAAGUGGGAACUGAAAUUUCUAUAGGAUUUGGAGUCAUAAGACUUGUUUGCACUGAAAUUGUUUCGAAAAAAUCUAUUAAAUGUAAAGUUCUUCGCGAAGGAGAGUUGAAAGCCGGUGAAUUUUUAAAUUUACGUGGUGUGAGGCAUUUAAGACCACCUAUGGGGAAGAAUGAUAUGGACCUUUUGCAUUUUGCCAUGGAGAAUAAGUUCGAUGUCAUAAUAAUCAAUUGUAUCCGAUACCCGACGACUAUUCAAAGAAUCAAGAAUUACUUCGUCGACCACCACUGCAAAGUGCCUAUUAUUGUGGCGACUAUUUCCGAUCAACAGGGUUUGGACAAUAUUGACGACAUUAUCAGAGUAACCGAUGCGAUUGUUUUGGCCAGGGAAUUUCUCGCCCAUGAGAUUUUAAAUCCAAAUUUAAUGAUUGCUAUUCAACUGCAAGUCAGCGCUAAAUGCAGAAAGCUUGGCACACCAAUCUAUAUAUCUGGAAACAUACUGGAUAACACUCUACUCAAAGGAAAGCCUACUUACGACGAGAUAACUGAUAUAACGAACAUAGUAUUGCAAGGGGCCGGUUUGCUUUUAAGGUCCUACUCGGACCCUAACUACGUGAUGCAGGCUAUGAAGCUCCUGAACUCUGUCAGUAGAGCCGCCGAAACCGUGUCCAAAAGUGAUUUCUGGGAUUUAGUGUUGGCGAUGAAACCCCCAGUAAAUGCCGCCGAAGCGUGCGCUUUGGGAUGUGCUAUCAUGGCGAGACAAACCAAGUCCAAAGUAAUCAUUGUGCUGACUGUAACCGGUAAAUCAGCCAUUUUAUUGGCACAUCUAUGCCCAACGGUAGUGGUAAUUACAGUAAGCGCUGACUCUUCUACUGCAAGAAAAUUAUUAUUCUACCGUGGCAUCAUACCUUUAAUAUACACUGAGAAGCCACUUAAGAAUUGGUACCACGAGCAAUACGCGCGCAUAGACUUCGCUACUCAAUACGCGGUCAAACACGACAUGUUGAAAUACGGCCAAAAUUACGUCGCUCUCCGGAAGGCCUCGCCGAUCAGCUGCUUCGCUGAUAACGUCAGCAAUUGGAAGGUUAUAUUGGGAGAAAAUAAAAAAUAUGCAAACAUGGUUUGGCCGACGGAAUUUGAUACAAAACUGAGCGAGUAUGACGCAAUGGAGUUGCCUGGGCAGCAGCUGGCAUCAGCUCACGCCUUCACCCCACUAGACCAUGUCCUAAACCUGGAUAUCAAAGCUCCUCCGCCUUGUCAACGUCUUACAGGAAUCAUGGCGACUAUGGGAAAAUCAACGUAUGACGUUGAAAUAAUGGAACAGAUGAUUCAAGCUGGGAUGAAUAUAGCAGUGAUUAAUUUACAAUUUGGGCCUAGAGAUGAACAUAUAGAGACAAUAAAGAUGUUAAGACAAGCAGUUAAAAAUGUUAGCGCUAAAAUGGGGAGACUUUACCCAUUGGCGAUUGCGGUACGAUUAUCUGGAAGAAAAAUAAGAACCGGAAAGAUUGCUGAAAGUUACGGUCAAACUGUAGAACUAAAAACAGGAGAAGUGGUGAGACUAACUACAGAUGAAUCUUACAGAGAAAGGUGUUCGACAUAUACCAUCUAUGUCGACUUUAUGAAUUUCGCUGACCAAAUGAACAAGAACAACAUUGUCUUAAUAGACAAUGAAUCUAUAAUGCUUAAAGUUGAAAUUAUAUCUACAACAACACUAACAUGCAGAAUAGAAAGAGGUGGUAUCCUUGGAUCUUAUAAAGAUGUGUUUGUUCCCAAUGUCCACUUUGAUAUGCCCAAUUUCUCAGAAAGAGAUAAAGUCGAUAUUGAAAUGGCAGUACAUUACCAGAUUGAUAUUUUCAUAGCUUCGUUUGUGUCAUCAGCAAAACCGAUUGAGGAACUUAAAGGUCUUAUAGGCGAAAAGGGGAAGAAAAUGUCCAUAAUUGCUAAUGUCCAGACUGUAGCUGGUUAUGAAAAUUUUGACGAAAUUCUUGCUACUACAAAUGGUAUUAUGAUCACAAGACAAGAAUUAGCAUCAGAUAUAACGCCAGAAAAAUUAGUGAUUGCUCAAAAAAAUAUGAUAGCUCGUGCAAAUAAGGCAAAUGUACCAGUCACCAUCAGUGCUCACAUCCUAUGUAGUAUGCGAUACAAGCAAUUGCCUCUCAGAUCUGAACUACUCGAUAUAGCGAAUUGUAUUAUGGAUGGUACUGAUUGUAUUCUACUCUCCGCUGAAACUGCAGUGGGAAUGUUCCCGGUGGAAACAGUUGCUACUCUUGCAGGGACGUGCAGGGAAGCUGAAGCCUGUUUGUGGACGAAACAGAUAUUCCAUGACAUGAUCGACAAGACCCCAAUACCCUGUGAUCAAGCCACUGGAGCUUGCAUAGCUGCAGUUUUAGCGGCGCAGAGAUGUAUCGCAGCAGCCAUCAUGGUGAUCACCACUAGUGGGAAAUCUGCUCAGAUCGUGGCCAAAUACAGGCCCCGUUGCCCUAUCAUAGGGAUCACAAGAUACCCUCCUAUCGCAAGACAACUACAUAUGUGGAGAGGCAUAAUACCGGUGCUAUAUGAUGAUUCCCCAGAUUCAGAUUGGCAAGUUGACAUAGAGAGACGAGUAAACUUCGCUUCCAAAUGGUGCAUUGAACAGGGUUUCAUCAGAAUCGGCGAUCCCGUCGUUCUCAUUACUGGCUGGCGACAGGGCUCAGGGUUCACUAACACCAUGAGAAUAGUUUAUGCCUCUCAAGAGACUACGCUCAAUUAG